GGAGUCUGAUCUGAUUUCCAUGCAGAACUCAUUUUGUGACUUCGCUGUUGGAUUGUCGGGAUCAGCCCCUCCCCCCUCUCCUGAUCCCAGAAGGAAGACGGGGGGGGGGAUUUCCUCUCCUCCUUCCCCCCCACCCGCUCAACACUUUCCCUCCCCUCCCGGCACAUCCUUCUCUCAUCCCGCCCACACAAUCCCAGAUCCCGCCCCCAAUACAUUGCUGCUCCUCCUCCUCCUCCUCCAAUCCGGCUUCGCUCCGGAAAUGAGGGGGGAGCCCCCCUCCCAACCUGCCUGCUUCUCCCGCAAGUGGAGCGUCCACUCCGGAUUGCUGCUCUGCCCCGUAGAUCUAGGGGGGGCGCUUUCGGAAAGGGGAGGAGGAUGGGAAGAGGAGGAUCCCCGCCCAACGUGGAUGUUGCAGGAAAGAAAUGAGAAUCGGAGCGAGGACAAAGAGGGCUUGACUUCAGGUGCAGCAGAAUUCCCCAGCCCCCCAAGGAUUUGAGACCCAACAGCUUUCCUCACCUGGUUUAGCCGGCCGGUUGAAGCCGUUGCUUGAACCCCUGUUGCAUGCUGACAGCUUCUGGAAGCCACAGGAUUUCCUUUCUGCCCACUCUGAAAAAGGUGAUGGAGAAGACAGAAUUGCAGGGGACAGGACACCUUUCGUUUCAUUAGGAAUAGCCAUUAAAAUGUGUGAAAUGUGGAAUAUGCUUCACUGAACGAGCACACAUAGUUCACAUCAACAAACACAAAAAGGAAAGAACCCAUUUAAAGGUAUGGAGUGCGGAAAGAGCUUCUCUUUCAAUGCAAAACUUAGAACACACCAGAGGACUCACAAAGAGAGAAAAUCUUUUAAGUGCAGGGAGUGUGGGAAGAAUUUCAGUCAGAGUGGAAAUCUUAAAUUGCACAAACGGACUCACACAGAGGAGAAACCAUAUAAGUGUAUUGAGUGUGGAAAGAGCUUUAGUUAUAGUGGAAAACUUAGGACACAUCAACGGACUCACACAGGGGAGAAACCAUUUAAAUGCAUGGAGUGUGGAAAGAGCUUCAGUCAGGGUGGAGACCUUAGACGACAUCAACGAACUCACACAGGGGAGAAACCAUUUAAAUGCAUGGAGUGUGGAAAGGACUUUAUUACGAGUUCACAACUUAGAUCACAUCAACGGACUCACACAGGGGAGAAACCAUUUAAAUGUAUGGAGUGUGGAAAGAGUUUUAGUGAUAGUGGAAGCCUUAGAUCACAUCAACGGACUCACACAGGGGAGAAACCAUUUGAAUGCAUGGCGUGUGGAAAGGACUUCAGUCAGAGUGGACACCUUAGAAAUCAUCAACGGACUCACACAGGGGAGAAACCAUUUAAAUGUCUGGAGUGUGGAAAGAGUUUUAGUGAUCAUGGAAGCCUUAGAUCACAUCAACGGACUCACACAGGGGAGAAGCCAUUUGAAUGCAUGGAGUGUGGAAAGGACUUCAGUCAGAGUGGACACCUUAGAAAUCAUCAACGGACUCACACAGGGGAGAAACCAUAUAAAUGUAUCGAGUGUGGAAAGAGUUUCCUUUUUAAUACAAGCCUUAAAUCACAUCAACAGACACACACAGGGGAGAAACCAUUUAAAUGUAUCGAGUGUGGAAAGAGUUUCCGUUGUAAUACAAGCCUUAAAUCACAUCAACAGACUCAUACAGGGGAGAAACCCUAUAAAUGUAUGGAGUGUGGAAAGAGCUUCAGUUAUAGUAGAAACCUGAGAAUACAUCAACAGACUCACAUUGAUAAGAAACUAUUUCAGUGUAUGGAGUGUGGAAAGAGCUUUAGUGAUAGUGGAAGCCUUAGAACACAUCAACGGACUCACACAGGGGAGAAACCCUAUGAAUGUAUGGAAUGUGGAAAGAGCUUCACUCAGAGUGCAAACCUUAGAUCACAUCAACGGACUCACACAGGGGAGAAACCAUUUAAAUGCAUGGAGUGUGGAAAGGACUUCAGUCAGAGUGGAACACUUAAAAAACAUCAACAGACUCACACAGGGGAGAAACCACAUAAAUGUAUAGAGUGUGGAAAGAGUUUCCAUUCUAAUACAAGCCUUAGAUCACAUCAACGGACUCACACAGGGGAGAAACCAUUUAAAUGUAUCGAGUGUGGAAAGAGCUUCAUUCAGAAUGGAGACCUUAGAAGACAUCAACGGACUCAUACAGGAGAGAAACCAUUUACAUGUGUGGAGUGUGGAAAGAGCUUCAGUUAUAAUGGAAACCUGAGAAUACAUCAACAGACUCACAUAGGUAAGAAACUAAUUAAAUGUAUGGAGUGCAGAAAGACCUUUGGUGAUAAUGGAAAGCUUAGAACACAUCAACGGACACACACAGGAGAAACCACUUCAAUGUAUGGAGUGUGAAAAGAGUUUUAGUAAUAGUGGAUGUCUUAGGAAACAUCAACAGACUCACACACGGGAGAAACCAUUUUAAUGUAUGGAGUACAGUAAAUACUUCACUCAGAGUGGAAAUCUUAGAAAACAUCAGCAGAUACACAGGGGAGAAACCAUUUAAUGAUAUGGACUGUGGAAGGAGCUUCAGUCAGACUGGAACCCUUGAUUUAU